AUGGAAACGGGGUAUCGAUCCCCAUACCUCUCGCAUGCUAAGGAAAGCACUACAGCAGCAGCACAGGGGCGUGCGUGCAAGGGGAGGACUGUGGCGCAUUCAGUGCUUAUCUUUCAAAUGUUCACCAAUGUGAAUUCCGUUGAAGCCCGGCAAGCACUACAGCAGCAGCGCAGGGGCGUGCGUGCAAGGGGAGGACUGUGGCGCAUUCAUUCAGCUCACGUGGAGAGACACGAGGAGGGUGGGGUGUGGCGAGGUGCGUUCCUGCACGUUCCCCUUCUGCCGAUCUCGCUUUUCCCCUCACACACAAUGUCAUUAUCACUGACUGUGGCGCAUUCAAGCAUUCAUUCAGCUUGCGUGGAAAGACACGAGGAGGGUGGGGUGUGGCGAGGUGCGUUCCUGCACGUUCCCCUUCUGCCGAUCUCGCUUUUCCCCUCACACACAAUGUCAUUAUCACUGACUGUGGCGCAUUCAAGCAUUCAUUCAGCUUGCGUGGAAAGACACGAGGAGGGUGGGGUGUGGCGAGGUGCGUUCCUGCACGUUCCCCUUCUGCCGAUCUCGCUUUUCCCCUCACACACAAUGUCAUUAUCACUGACUGUGGCGCAUUCAAGCAUUCAUUCAGCUUGCGUGGAAAGACACGAGGAGGGUGGGGUGUGGCGAGGUGCGUUCCUGCACGUUCCCCUUCUGCCGAUCUCGCUUUUCCCCUCACACACAAUGUCAUUAUCACUGACUGUGGCGCAUUCAAGCAUUCAUUCAGCUUGCGUGGAAAGACACGAGGAGGGUGGGGUGUGGCGAGGUGCGUUCCUGCACGUUCCCCUUCUGCCGAUCUCGCUUUUCCCCUCACACACAAUGUCAUUAUCACUGACUGUGGCGCAUUCAAGCAUUCAUUCAGCUUGCGUGGAAAGACACGAGGAGGGUGGGGUGUGGCGAGGUGCGUUCCUGCACGUUCCCCUUCUGCCGAUCUCGCUUUUCCCCUCACACACAAUGUCAUUAUCACUGACUGUGGCGCAUUCAAGCAUUCAUUCAGCUGGCGUGGAAAGACACGAGGAGGGUGGGGUGUGGCGAGGUGCGUUCCUGCACGUUCCCCUUCUGCCGAUCUCGCUUUUCCCCUCACACACAAUGUCAUUAUCACUGACUGUGGCGCAUUCAAGCAUUCAUUCAGCUUGCGUGGAAAGACACGAGGAGGGUGGGGUGUGGCGAGGUGCGUUCCUGCACGUUCCCCUUCUGCCGAUCUCGCUUUUCCCCUCACACACAAUGUCAUUAUCACUGACUGUGGCGCAUUCAAGCAUUCAUUCAGCUUGCGUGGAAAGACACGAGGAGGGUGGGGUGUGGCGAGGUGCGUUCCUGCACGUUCCCCUUCUGCCGAUCUCGCUUUUCCCCUCACACACAAUGUCAUUAUCACUGACUGUGGCGCAUUCAAGCAUUCAUUCAGCUUGCGUGGAAAGACACGAGGAGGGUGGGGUGUGGCGAGGUGCGUGGCUGCAUGUUCCCCUUCUGCCGAUCUCGCUUUCCCCCUCACACACAAUGUCAUUAUCACUGACUGUAGCGCAUUCAAGCAUUCAUUCAGCUUGCGUGGAACGACACGAGGAGGGUGGGGUGUGA